AACUCGUCUCUCUCUCUCUCUCUCUCUCUCUCUCGUCUUAAGUGCUGAAGUAACAUUAAGAGAAACGGAGAAGAAUGGAUGAUGACCAUGAAGAAGGGGAGGAAUACCUGUUCAAGAUAGUGAUAAUCGGAGACUCUGCUGUGGGUAAAUCGAAUUUGCUCUCCAGGUAUGCUCGGAACGAGUUCAGCAUGCACACUAAGGCGACGAUCGGUGUUGAGUUUCAGACCCAGAGUGUAGACAUCGAUGGCAAGGAGGUGAAGGCCCAGAUUUGGGAUACUGCAGGUCAAGAGCGAUUUCGUGCUGUAACCUCUGCUUAUUACAGAGGUGCUGUGGGUGCCCUCAUCGUGUAUGAUAUCAGUAGACGCACUACCUUCGAGAGCGUUUCUCGAUGGCUUGAUGAGCUUAACACACAUUCUGAUACUACAGUAGCGAGGAUGCUAGUGGGGAACAAAUGUGAUUUGGAGAAUAUCAGGGAUGUGAACGUAGAAGAAGGGAAAAGCCUGGCGGAAGCUGAAGGGUUGUUCUUCAUGGAGACGUCCGCCUUGGAUUCUACGAACGUUAUAAAAGCUUUUGAAAUGGUUAUCAGAGAGAUCUACAACAAUGUCAGCAGGAAAGUCCUGAAUUCUGAUACAUACAAGGCUGAAUUGUCUGUCAACCGUGUAAGCCUCGUUAACAAUGGGGCUGAUGGAUCAAAGCAAAGUGAGAGCAUGUUCUCUUGCUGUUCGAGAUAAUUUCGGUCACAACACUUCUGGUGGAUAUGAGCGGAUCUCUCUGUUUAUGUUAUUGGUUAAAUUUGAUAGGCUUUGUUGUUGGGUUUGCUCUCUUAAUGGGGGUUAAUUUGUUGAACAAAACUAAGAUAUCUAAUAGUUGUUUUUUUUUAAAUCAUAGAUGAAAACUUUUGUGCAAUGAAGAAGAAAAAAGCAUGUAAUUUGAAUGGAAUAAAGUGGGAUAGAAGUGUAUAAUUGCUCUUUUUGAU